AUGUUGCCUUUCCUGUAUGGUCCCGGAGCUCAGACUGAGGGGGUGUGCAUUGCUUGGCUCUCCGUGCGUGAUGCGCCCCUAAAUCAAGCCACCAAGGGACCCAUGCUUUUAGGGUUGGCACUGCCGUCAUCUGCCGCGGUCAUCCACGGGCCUUGUCUCGAUGACCUGCGAGAAACCACCAAGCGAGAGAACCGGUGA